AUGUGUUGCUUAUUACCAAUCAAACUGUUCCAGUUAAAAGCUGAUGGAGAACGUGCCUCUCGCGAAGUGAAGCUGUUACUUUUGGGAGCCGGAGAAUCAGGAAAAAGUACGAUCUCGAUGGUUGCUCUUCUUCGUGCUAUGGGAACGUUGAAAAUUGAUUUUGAAUCACCUUCUCGUGUAGAAGAUGCUCAUAAAUUCUUCAGUAUUAGCCAGACAUGCGAUGAGGGUGAAUUGCCACCGGAUCUUGCUAGCGUCAUGAAGCGUUUGUGGGCUGAUCGUGGGAUUCAGGAAUGUUUUUCGAGGUCUCGGGAAUUUCAAUUAAAUGAUUCUGCGCCGUACUAUCUGAAUGCAUUGGAACGUAUAGCCCAACCGAACUACAUCCCUACGCAGGAUGAUGUAUUGCGAACGCGUGUUAAAACGACGGGCAUCGUUGAAACGCACUUCACUUACAAGGAUUUACACUUCAAGAUGUUCGACGUUGGUGGUCAACGUAGCGAACGAAAAAAAUGGAUUCACUGUUUUGAAGGAGUUACCGCCAUAAUAUUUUGCGUUGCCAUGAGCGAAUAUGACAUGGUAUUAGCUGAAGAUGACGAAAUGAACCGUAUGAUAGAAUCAAUGAAGCUAUUUGACUCUAUUUGUAACAACAAAUGGUUCACUGAGACAUCUAUUAUUCUCUUUCUGAAUAAGAAAGAUCUUUUCGAGGAGAAAAUCAAGAGAUCUCCUCUUACACGCUGUUUUCCUGAGUAUACUGGAGCAAACACGUACGAAGAAGCCGCUGCGUACAUGCAGCUGCAGUUCGAAAAUAUGAACAAACGUCGAGAUGGCCAGAAGGAGAUCUACACACAUUUUACCUGUGCAACAGACACAAACAAUAUACGCUUCGUCUUUGAUGCUGUGACGGAUAUCAUUAUUCGCGAGAACCUGCGUCAGUGUGGACUGUUCUGA